AUGGCCAGCGAUGACUUCAUCCGGCCGUCGCACCUGCACGACGCUGUCGUGGACACAUACCUGCGCGAGCGAGCGACUGUGUGGAUCAACGACGCCCACGCGGCUGCGUGUGAAGCCACCACCAACCCACAGGAUGACUCACCACUGGACGGGACUAUCCCGGCCCUGCUGACGUACCAUGUGGUCAAUGGCUGGUUGGGCGCCAUCAUCGACUUCGCACGGUCUCUGCGGUUGACGGGGCUGGAUUUGGAAUACCCGAUAUGCAAGGCGUUUGUUAACGAGUAUCCCAGAGCCGCCGAUGAGGAGCCCGAUGAAAGGCCGUUUGAUGCUGAUUUGGAGUUAGAUCCCGAUUUCAUUGAAGAUCAAGUUUUGGAUGCAAGCUCCGGGAACAGACACGUGAAUGGGAAUGGGACGGUGCACGAGAGUACCGGGCGUUGCCAUAGCAACGGUGAAGAGGAGGAGGAUGAAGAUGCAGACGAUCGCGAGUUGAGGAGCGAGCACGACAGACGCGUACAUGGGCGCAUGAUGCACAGACUCUAUCGCCACGCCCAAGAUGUGCGGCAUACAUGGCUGUAUUCAAUCGCCUUUAAAAUCUCUAGCAAAGCUCAGAACUUGCGUGGGCUGAGAUGGGGCGACCUCUGCUUUAAGUCGUACGAUAUAGGUACCGCCAGUCGACAGCAAAAUCUGGAUUGCCUAGGAGUCUUGUACAACCAGGGCGAGCUGAAUACGGAUGGCAAACAAGAAUACGCGGGAUGUUUCAGAGACCAGAACGUACUCAUAUGCUCGUGGGCAGCUCUGUCGCUAGUUUUCUUCCAGCGAUUUGUGAUGGAGAGCCCGGACGGCGUGGACCUGACCGACAAGUCCUGGCUAGAUGAGCUGCUUGUGCCCAGUAACACACAGGAUGAUGUGGUCGACUACCACAACGCUAUCACCUGUGAGGAACACGGCAGGAUAAUCAGGGAGAACGCAAAGGGCAUCGGCGACACUAUCCCGUCGGAUUAUGAGAAUAUUGACUACAUGUACAGAGACGCUGUAGUGCCUACGGCCGGCGACUGGGAGAAGGAUGUGCUGCGAGAGCAUUACGUAGCACUCCCCACCGAUGCGAUGUCCAACUGUGCCGGGUGGCCAGAAGGGCAUCUGUAUGAGAUUUUCUUACCGAGAUACGACCGUAGUAAGGUGGACAUGCCUGUGACACUACGCAUCAAGUUCCACGACAUGUUCUCCUUUGCGGACACAUACAUCGCACUGCAAGAGUGUGAGGCGCGUGUGGAUGUGAAGACGCUGAGCUUCGCUCGUUUGUGCCAACGUAUGCGCGAGACGCUGCCUGAAGACGCGCCGGCUCUGUGGAAGGCCUAUCCCA